AUGUUCGGACUCUCCCAACCCGCUCCUAAUUCUCCCAAGUCCACCAUCAAAUUCCUCUGUAGCUACGGCGGCAAAAUCCUCCUUCGUUAUCCCGACGGCAAACUCCGCUACCUCGGUGGUCAUACACGCGUUGUCUCCGUCCAUCGUUCUGUUCAAUUUUCCGAACUGCUUCCGGAACUGGAAAAACUCUGUGGUUCAUUCGUGACGCACUUCUGCUGCCAGUUAUCUGCUGAAGAUUUAGACGCUUUGGUUUCCAUAACCUCCGAUGAGGAUCUCGUCAACCUAAUCGAAGAAUACGAUUGUACCGCAUCACCUCAAUUUCCGUUGAAGAUCAAAGCGUUCAUUUCACCGCCGAGAUCUACGAACAAGGUUUCCAAACCUCCGAUACCAACUACCCCUGUUCUUCAUUUUUCCGUUCAAAUUCACCGUAACCACAACCAUGGAACUUUCUUCCAACAUUCAUAA